AUGCCUGGUCUCACUCUGCAUCUCCUUGCUCUUGCUCCCUCAACCACCGCCGAGUCCUUUCUUCGCCAGCUCCGCCAAUCCUCCGCCGUCAAGAUCAUUCUCGCCUCUCGUCCACAACACAUCGUUAUUCCUCCCACCCUCAUUGACUCCCGUCUGCUGACGACCACAAAAUGGGAUCUCCUUGUUCUCAUUCAGCCGUCCUCGUUGACCCAAGAAGCAGCCCUUGAAUCACUUCCGCCUAACCUACAACCCCUCGUGCAACAGGAGUACCGUCUCGCCGUCGGUAUCCCCUCAAAGCUUCUAUCCAACUACGAUGACCGCGACAAAUCUCUCAAACGAGCCGCCUCCUCCAUCCCUCUAACCGGCUCUCUGGCCAAUGCCCACCAGAAGCCUUCCUCAAAGAAUCUGGAACUCUCACCAGAUCUACUAGCUUUUAUGGACACCCUCACGCGUACACACGAUGGCCCAGUCACCAUGCUAAAUCUGCUGCAUUUCCACCACCCCAACGGAAAGAAAAGCUACUACCAAUACGGACAGGCUUUCAUCCCUGUCGCUGGUAAGCGCGGCGGGAAUGCAAAGCUCGUAGGGAAUGUGAUCAGACCCGCUUCGACCGCCCAGGUCGACUCGCGGGGAAGCCUCGAUCGACCAGAGACAGAUUGGUGGAACGAAAUCUCGCUGGUGCAUUACCCGUCCAUCAGGCACUUCUGCGAUAUGCUGGCUGGCGAGGACUAUCAAGCGAUCAAUGAGAAGUAUCGCUUGUCUGCUCUUCGAGACACGUUCUUGCUUUGCACAACAGAGUUCGACGUGGAAACUUCGCCUGUCAAACUAUGA